UAUUUGUUCAACAUUUUAUGAUGACGCAAUUCGCCAUAUCCAUUGGUGUCACGCGCUAAUAUGUGUGUAGUAUAAAAGCCGCAGCGUUCCUUAAAAAUUCGUUAUUUCAAGUUGUGACUGAUUCAUUACACAUCUACGCACAACCAGAAAAAGGUUAAAAUGCGCGAGUGCAUCUCUAUCCACGUUGGACAAGCAGGUGUGCAGAUUGGAAAUGCCUGCUGGGAGUUGUAUUGCCUUGAGCAUGGAAUUCAGCCUGAUGGUCAGAUGCCUAGUGACAAGACCAUUGGCGGUGGAGAUGAUUCCUUCAACACCUUCUUUAGCGAGACUGGUGCAGGCAAACAUGUCCCAAGAGCUGUGUUUGUGGACUUAGAGCCAACUGUUGUUGAUGAGGUCAGGACUGGCACAUACAGACAGCUAUUCCACCCUGAACAACUCAUCACUGGCAAGGAAGAUGCAGCCAACAACUAUGCUAGAGGUCACUACACCAUUGGAAAGGAAAUAGUUGACCUUGUGCUGGAUCGCAUCAGGAAAUUGGCUGAUCAAUGUACAGGACUGCAGGGUUUCCUGAUCUUCCACAGCUUUGGUGGUGGCACUGGCUCUGGGUUUGCAUCCCUGCUUAUGGAGCGCCUGUCGGUGGACUAUGGCAAAAAGUCCAAGCUGGAGUUUGCUAUUUACCCAGCACCACAGGUGUCAACUGCUGUGGUGGAACCAUACAACUCCAUUCUGACCACUCACACCACUCUUGAGCACUCGGACUGUGCAUUCAUGGUCGACAAUGAAGCCAUCUAUGACAUCUGCAGGCGAAACUUGGACAUUGAGAGGCCUACAUACACCAACCUAAACAGGCUCAUUGGCCAGAUUGUCAGCUCCAUAACUGCUUCCCUGCGUUUUGAUGGUGCACUCAAUGUGGACUUGACCGAGUUCCAGACCAACUUGGUGCCCUACCCAAGAAUCCACUUCCCACUGGUGACCUAUGCCCCUGUGAUCAGUGCAGAAAAGGCCUACCAUGAGCAGCUGUCUGUAGCUGAAAUCACCAACGCCUGCUUUGAGCCAGCUAACCAGAUGGUUAAGUGUGACCCACGCCACGGGAAGUACAUGGCUUGCUGCAUGCUCUACAGAGGUGAUGUUGUCCCCAAGGACGUCAAUGCUGCCAUUGCCACCAUCAAGACCAAGAGGACCAUUCAGUUUGUUGACUGGUGCCCCACUGGCUUCAAGGUUGGCAUCAACUACCAGCCACCAUGUGUUGUACCUGGUGGAGAUCUGGCCAAGGUGCAGAGAGCAGUUUGCAUGUUGAGCAACACCACCGCCAUUGCUGAAGCCUGGGCUCGUCUUGACCACAAGUUUGACCUGAUGUAUGCCAAGAGAGCAUUUGUCCACUGGUAUGUCGGUGAAGGUAUGGAGGAAGGUGAAUUUUCUGAGGCUCGAGAGGAUCUGGCAGCACUUGAAAAGGACUACGAAGAAGUUGGUGUGGACAGUGUCGAGGGAGAAGCGGAGGAAGAGGGUGGCGACGAAUACUAGAUGUUCUAAAGUACUCCGAAUGACGUGUUCAUAGUUCAUUAAAUGCUUACAAAAUCUUC